CUAACGUUGGUGACGUGUACCAGAGAGAGUACAGCCACUAGAGAGAGAGAGAGGGUACAAUAAAAAUCGCAUUGGCGCCAGUUGCAUUUUCCAACAAGCGCAUUCCGAAUCCGCUCACUGCACGGGUAUCGCGAUGGACGAAGCUCUGGACCAACUCCGGCUAGCAAAGUCUGUCAGACGUUGCAUGGAAAUCUUUGCCGGCCUGCUGACGCCCAUCAUCGGACAGUCGCGCAUUCUGUAUCUCGGUCUAUUAACUCUCGAUGAUCAGCUCAACGCGCAUUUAUACCAGCGCGACGGCGACAACAGCUGGACGCCCGAACAGUCGGACAUCGACGAACUGUGCUGCGAACUCGCCAAGUACAGAAACGCCGCCGAAAUUCUCAACAACCGAAACCCCAUGCCGCCCGUCAAGAUGAAACGAGUGAUCAGGCUCGACGGCUGCGGCGAGGCGACGAUCCAUUUCUUUCGCAUCGCCGGUCACGGCGCCGUCAUAUUAACCACGCGAUCGCCGUCAGUGCUCGAGCCGCCGGAGUGCCUGGCGCCUGCCUUACGAGAGCUGGCCGUCAGGUUGUGUCAGCUGGACGUUGAACGGAGAGCCGUGCACGCCGUACAGGACAGGCUCAGCUCGUUGCUAACCCGCGACGUUUACCAGGAAAUGACGAGAAGCAUGUUCGUCUUGGCUAGCAGGUAUCGCGCACCCGUAUCGAUAGCCAUUCUGGACUUGGACAACUUCAAGAAGCUCAACACCCAGCUUGGCUACCUGCAGGCCAACGAGGUCAUCGCCAGUGUGGGACGCCUGAUCGCCGACUCCGUCGGCGAUGACUGCGAUAAGGUCGUGGCGGGUCGAUUUGGGGGCGACGAGUUUAUGUUCACGUUCGACGCGGACGGCGAGUUUGCCCGGCGCGUCGUUGGACGCGUCCUAGAGGGCCUCCCGUGUCUGAAUCCCAAUUUCGCUGACCCCGGGGCUCGCGCUAAGCUUCGCGAAUUCGGUGGCUGUAGCGCGUCCGUCGGCGUAGCCACGUGUCGAUUCGACGUCGAUUUUGUAGGCGGCAUCGAUGCGGACGCACAUGUGAAAGAGCUCACCAAUAGGGCGAACGAAGCUCUGACGAAGGCCAAGGAGCGCAAGAACUGCAUAGUACUGUACGAGGAAUUGAUAGGAUAAGAAGUAGCUGUAACGACGCUGUUUCAGGUAUCUGAAACGUUAUGCCGUUACAGCAGUGUGCUGAUAUAUAUCGGGCCGUAUCUCAAAUCGUACGUAAUAUUAUUCGUAGAGUAGGUAAAUUAGCGGAGUUGAUUGGGGAAAAAGUAGUACAAAUAAGGGAGGACGAUAGGGGAGGGAGGCAGAGCUGCUGUUAGUGUUCUUUAAUGACAGAGCGGCCAGUGGGAAGUUAGGAUUUGAGAGAGUGCUCAGUGUAAACAACAUGUCAUUAUUUAGUUUACUUUGGCGGCUUCUCAAGGACACAAUUGGGGCAACGGGGUCACCAGAGUUGGAACCCGGACUGCUCCGCAAGUCUGGGGCUCGCCGAGGCCUCCACUAGCCAAGGAUGUAUGAAAACCUGUAUGCAAACAACCCUCCGGAACACGGUGCACUCUGGCCUUCGCAAAGCCCCUACCCACGGGCCAGUCCGGGUUCCAGCAUUUAUCCCCACUCCUGCCAUUUGCGUGCCCUGGAGAUCCUGCACCACCAAUUUUGUUCUAACCUUAAUUUAGUUGCUGUCCCGCAACCUCUAUUGGCUGGUGUUUUAACAGCGGAGCUGUUUAUGUCGAGCGUAAUCUGUCUGUCGGCAACAGAAAAUGUGGGCCGAUCCUGGCAGAAGGGUCCAAGCACAAUGGCACAUACUCCUGUGAACUAGCAAAGCUGAUCCUGGCUAUGUCUGGCUAAGCAUGGUUGGGACUACUUAAGCUUAGUCAGUCAUCGAUAGCCAAUCAAUAGCUAAUCAAUCAAUAAAUUCCAGAAAAUGCUGGGGAUGACUUGGUAGUGCUUAGCGUAGCCCAAAUACGUGGCCAAUACCUUGUGAUAGCCAAUCAAUAGCUAAUUGAAAAUCGACCAAUAAUCGAUAAAUUCCGGGAAAUGCUGGGGAUGACUUGGUAUUGCGCUGCUGAGCACGAGGUCGCGGGAUCGAAUCCCGGCCCCGGCGGCCGCAUUUCAAUGGAGGCGAAAUGCAAAAACGCCCGUGUGCUUGCGUUGUAGUGCACGUUAAAGAACCCCAGGUGGUCAAAAUUAAUCCGGAGCCCUCCACUACGGCGUGCCUCAUAAUUUAGAACUGGUUUUGGCACGUAAAACCCCAGAAAGAAGAAGAAGGGUGACUUGGUAGUGCUUAGCCUAGCCAAAAUACAUGGCGAAUAAUUUGCGAUAGCCAAUCAAUAGCUAAUCGAUAAUAGACAAAUAAUAAAUUCUGGGAAAUGCUGGGGAUCACUUGGUAGUGUUUAGCCUAACCCAAAUACGUGGCCAAUACCUGCGAUAGCCAAUCUAUAGCUAAUCGACAAAUAAUCAACAAAUUCCUGGAAACGCUGCGGAUGACUUGGUAGUGCUUAGCCUAGCCCAAAUACAUGGGCAAUACCUUGCGAUAGCCAAUCAAUAGCUAAUCGAUCAAUAAAUUCCAGAAAAUGCUGGGGAUGACUUGGUAGUGCUUAGCCUAGCCCAAAAGCCAGGACUAGCUAGGUGCCCAUCAGCUCCGCUGUCUCUUUAACAUUGCGCCUCCAGUGCAAGCUACGUCAAUUUUUUUAUUUUCACGUGGCUAAAUGAUCUUGGAGGAGCAAAUCCCACAGUAAACCUAAAUUCUAUCCAUUUACUAAAUAAAGGUAUAUCGUUGUCACUUAGUGCUUGCAUGGAUAUUCAUUUCCCACUGGUCACUGCGCCAUUAAAGCAUGCUAACAGCUCUAUCGUCCUCCCUUGCUUUAACCUUUUAUUACGAUAGCAAUUAUAUGGACACUUCAACCGGAUUUCUGCUGUCGCCGCGAGGUUCCCUAUAGAUAACAUCUUCGCCGCGCGCCGUAUGCCCGAGCGGAAGCGUGCGGGGACGCGCGCUAUCACGGAGAGCGAACGCACUCAAUCUCCCACGUGCAAGCAAGGAAGCGGGAAGCCAGCGCCGGAGGGAGCGGGGGGGGGGGGGGGGGCGCACUUCUACUCUGCCAACAACCGCGCUCGUCGCUCGCACGCACCGUCGCUUAUCUCCACACGGCUCUGACCAUUAUGCGCCAUGCAUUCGCCGCUCAGUUUCCGUUGAAGCGAUAGACCGCACGUACCUUCGCCCGCUGCUGCGGCGUAUGCGCUUGCUGCCAGCGUUUUGACAGUCGUCUGCAGUCAUUCAGUGUGAUCUAUUCAUGUUUGUUUGUGCGCGCUCACACCACGCUUGUUCAAUCAGUUGGUAAUAGUCGGGCCACAUUUUCCAACGCACGCUACACAUGCAAUGCUGCCAGGGUCGGCAGUGCAGCGCUACAGGUGUGUCCCUUCGCACGCGCUGCCCACGGGAAGCGCUUCUCAUCAACACCACCGUUUCACAUGCGCCUUCUCGUGGUCAUCGAGUCUCUCUUCAUGUCGGUCUACUUGCGCCGCAGCACACCUGCUUACUUAAUCAGCUCAUGUUUACUACAAUUCAUAUUGCUACCAAAGCCGCUCACCUUACU